GCAGCUGCAGAUCUUGUGCGCGGGCAGAUCCGUCGGAGAUCCCACCAUUAUAGCUCCUCGUGUGAUCGUGUCCUCCAGAUCUUCGACUCAAUUCGAAAAUCCGUAACGGCGAACACCACACCACACCCACAGCACAGCACAGAUCCUGUAUUUAACUCGACGCACCCAAACCCAACGCCAACGCACGCAGCGCACGACACGGCCACUUUCCACGCCUCCGUCUCCGCCUUCCUCGCCAGCGAGCUCCGCUCCGUUCCGCCUCCUCCUCCGGUCCCCAAGACCAAUGGCUGACGGCGAGGACAUCCAGCCACUUGUGUGUGACAAUGGCACUGGAAUGGUCAAGGCUGGUUUUGCUGGUGAUGAUGCCCCAAGAGCAGUUUUCCCUAGUAUAGUUGGCCGCCCUCGGCACACAGGUGUCAUGGUUGGAAUGGGCCAAAAAGAUGCCUAUGUGGGUGAUGAAGCGCAAUCAAAAAGGGGUAUCCUGACCUUGAAAUACCCUAUUGAGCAUGGCAUUGUGAGCAACUGGGAUGACAUGGAGAAAAUCUGGCAUCACACCUUCUACAAUGAGCUGCGUGUUGCCCCUGAAGAACAUCCAGUUUUGCUGACAGAAGCUCCUCUGAACCCAAAGGCAAACAGAGAGAAGAUGACCCAAAUCAUGUUCGAGACAUUCAAUGCCCCAGCUAUGUAUGUGGCUAUUCAAGCUGUUCUUUCUCUAUAUGCAAGUGGUCGUACAACCGGUAUUGUGCUUGAUUCUGGUGAUGGUGUGAGCCAUACUGUGCCUAUCUACGAGGGAUAUGCACUUCCUCAUGCUAUUCUCCGGCUGGAUCUUGCGGGCCGUGAUCUGACCGACUCCCUGAUGAAGAUCCUCACAGAAAGGGGUUAUUCCUUCACUACAACCGCUGAGCGGGAAAUCGUAAGAGAUAUAAAGGAGAAGCUCGCCUAUGUCGCCCUUGACUACGAGCAGGAGCUGGAGACCGCCAAGAGCAGCUCAUCCGUCGAGAAGAGCUACGAACUGCCUGACGGGCAGGUCAUCACGAUCGGCGCCGAGAGGUUCAGGUGCCCGGAGGUGCUGUUCCAGCCCUCGCUGAUCGGCAUGGAGGCUCCUGGGAUCCACGAGACCACCUACAACUCCAUCAUGAAGUGCGACGUGGAUAUCAGGAAGGACCUGUACGGCAACAUUGUGCUCAGUGGAGGGACGACCAUGUUCCCCGGCAUUGCAGACAGGAUGAGCAAGGAGAUCACCGCCCUCGCGCCGAGCAGCAUGAAGAUUAAGGUCGUGGCGCCUCCAGAGAGGAAGUACAGUGUCUGGAUCGGUGGCUCCAUCCUUGCCUCCCUCAGCACAUUCCAGCAGAUGUGGAUAUCCAAGGGAGAGUACGAUGAAUCUGGCCCCUCGAUCGUCCACCGCAAGUGCUUCUAAGCCUUGGGCCGUGUCUUACUCCGUGUCUCUCUGCACUUUUCCUAUGAUUGAGCUUGUAUCCGACUCCCCCUCCAUUGAAGUACUCCCCGAGCUUCUUGUGCGGCCGUUUUCGCGGAUGCUUUAGCAUUACCUUGUGGAUGAAGGAAAAGUAGGUCCUGUAUUAUCACUUAUAUACAGAAGAUGCCGCUUGUUCUCAGUGAUAUGCUACUAUGUUGGUUGAUAUUUAGCCGGUGCGCGCGGAGGAGGACCGACGCACCGGUUUCGGGUUUGGGCUUGGGCUGUUGUGUGGCUGCAGAGUGCAGGACGCUGGGUGUGUAUGUAUAAUUAUUUUCUUCCAUUAAGUAUAUUGGAUCGGUGUGGAAUUAUUAUUAUACCUUUA